CGAUCGCAGCAUUUCCGAAGCAACCAUGGAUGGGUUUGGAAGUGGAAGAACAAUGCCAUGGAACAUAUACCCAAGUUCAGAUCCAAGUCCGUCUCAACCUGUAGUCGAUUAGGAACCAACAUUGAAAACCUUGGGGACAUCCAUGAAUGCCAUUUCUUUUGGCUUUGUUGCUACCGCCAUCUUGAUAUCAAUGUUUAUUUUCAUGGCCAUCUUCGAACACCUCUUUCAGCCAAAUCCUGAUUUUUCUUCACCCGAUGAAGACGCAGCUCUAGGAUCUGGAGCUGUCGGAAAACUCGGGAAUCCGCAAAGAAUGUCGGCAUCGUAUUACAUUGCUCAACUUGCUCCCCUCCCUUGUCCAAGGGAAGGCAUCUAUUGGCCUCCCCAUAAACAUAGUUUUGUAUAUCCUUAAGCAAACAUCAUCAUCAUCAACUAUGUUCUUUAUCAUAUUCAUCAACAAUCAACCUUAUUGUCAUCUAA